CAGUGCCUCUCUUUCUUCUUCUUCCUCUCUCUCUCUCUUUCUCUCUCACACAAAUAUUCAAAUAUAAAAAAAUAGAAAAAGAAAAAGAAAAUAAAUUAGUAAUUUUAUUGGUUGUCUCUUGCAAGCUUCGUUUUCCAAUAAAAAGCUUCUUCUUCUUCUUCUGCUCUUUUUCGCCGGCAAAAGGAAGAAGAAAAAGCAAUUUUAGCAGGAAAUAAAAUCGUGUCUUUUUGGUUUUUGAUCGAUCGAUUCAGAAUUUUAACGAAAUCCCAUAUCAUGAAUCAUUGUUUACGAUCGCUGGAUAAAGUUUUUGCUUUGAAAGUUGUCGUUUUUGUUUUUGGGGUUUUGGAGAUAUUAUAAGGAGAAUAAUAAUAUUGAUUAAUAAAUAAAUUUGGAAUUGGUUUGAUUGAUCGAUCGGUCUAUGGAGGAUUCCACGAGCGGCGGAGAGGAGGAUUACUACUAUUCGUCCGAUCGAGAAUCCCUCGAUGGGCUCGAGAAUGAGGACUCCGAUUUCCAGUGGGCCCCUUCCAAGGGUCCCACUACCAAGGUUAUUACAAAAGAAUCACUUUUAGCUGCACAGAGGGAGGAUCUACGCAGAGUAAUGGACAUGCUAUCUCUAAGGGAGCACCAUGCACGGACUUUACUUAUCCAUUACCGAUGGGAUGUUGAGAAGCUGCUUGCGGUGCUUGUGGAGAAGGGAAAAGCAGACUUGUUUGCUGAAGCAGGUGUUUCUGUUGUUGAGUGUGAGGAUACUGGAUCGCCUUUGUUGUCUUCAUCUACAGCAAUGUGUGACAUAUGCAUGGAGGAGUUACCUGGUGAUACAAUGACAAAAAUGGCCUGUGGCCAUCGCUUUUGCAAUGACUGUUGGACAGAGCAUUUUGUCGUGAAAAUAAAUGAGGGUCAGAGUAGGCGCAUCAGGUGCAUGGCACACAAAUGCAAUGCUAUUUGUGAUGAAGCUGUUGUUAGAAGUCUAGUUGGUAAAAAGCAUCCUGAUCUAGCCGAGAAAUUUGAUCGUUUUCUUCUUGAGUCAUACAUCGAAGAUAAUAGGAUGGUUAAAUGGUGCCCUAGUACUCCUCAUUGUGGAAAUGCAAUACGCGUUGAGGAUGAUGAAUUUUGUGAGGUAGAGUGUUCUUGUGGUCUACAGUUUUGUUUCAGUUGCUUAUCAGAAGCACACUCACCGUGUUCAUGUAUGAUGUGGGAGCUUUGGACCAAGAAGUGCCGAGAUGAAUCAGAAACAGUCAAUUGGAUCACGGUUCACACAAAGCCUUGUCCAAAGUGUCACAAACCUGUGGAGAAGAAUGGUGGAUGCAAUCUUGUGAGCUGUAUCUGUGGACAAGCAUUUUGCUGGCUGUGUGGUGGCGCUACUGGGCGGGACCAUACUUGGUCAAGAAUUGCUGGUCACAGCUGUGGUCGCUACAAAGAAGAUCGAGAGAAAAAAACUGAGCGAGCAAAGCGAGAUCUCUAUCGAUAUAUGCACUAUCACAACCGUUAUAAAGCUCAUACAGAUUCCUUCAAGCUUGAGAGUAAACUCAAGGAGACUAUACUGGAGAAGGUAUCAAUUUCAGAAGAGAGGGAAUCGAGGCUUAGAGAUUUCAGCUGGGUAACUAAUGGACUCUAUAGACUUUUCAGAUCAAGGCGGGUUCUUUCAUAUUCAUACCCUUUUGCGUUUUACAUGUUUGGAGAAGAAUUAUUCAAGGAUGAGAUGACAAAUGAUGAAAGGGAAAUAAAACAGCAUCUAUUUGAGGAUCAGCAGCAGCAACUUGAGGCGAAUGUUGAGAAACUCUCUAUGUUUUUGGAAGAGCCCUUUGAUCAAUAUACUGAUGAUAAAGUUAUGGAGAUACGAAUGCAAGUAAUCAAUCUUUCUGUGAUCAUCGAUACCCUUUGCAAGAAAAUGUAUGAAUGCAUUGAGAAUGAUUUAUUGGGCUCUCUCCAAUGUAAUACCCAUAAUAUAGCUCCGUACAAGUCUAAGGGCAUCGAAAAAGCAUCAGAGCUUGCUGUAUGUUGGAACAAUAAAGCCAGUACAACCGCUGAUACUUGUUUUCCCUCUGAUUGUGGCACUAGUGGCAAACAUGAUCGACCUAUUAGCCUUGGGAGUGCAGAUGACAAUGGUUGCCCAUCCCAGAAGCGACCUAAAAAGGAGACUUAUGGAGGUGCAUUCUUUGAUCUGAACUUGCCAGCAGAAGUUCUUGACCGGAAUUGAUAUCUGAUAGGCUUUUCUUAGAUAAGUACAAGUGUACAGAUCUAACUCAAGACCCUCCCCUCUUUUUGCCUAAUGGGAUUUGAUGAUUUAGGGAUUGAGCACCACUCAAAUGCUUUAUUUUCCUUUCUUAGAAUCUUUUUGCUUCCCCCCCCACUCCACAUUGGUGCGCCUUUUCUAUUCUAGAGAUAUAUCCUUGAAGAGGAAUUCUGGAAAUUCCAUGGUUCUUUAUCUUUCAAGGUUGUGUGAACUGAAAAUCCACAUUACUGUACAUAGCCUUAUCUUGGGCUUUUGAACAUAUGUAAAUUCUCAUCCUCAGACUCUUGGAGUGGUGCAAAGCUCGGUCCUUUUUAAGGUAAAUUUAAUUGCUUAUCUUUGGCUGAA